AUGCCGGUGGAAAUAUCCGAAACAGCAAAUAUCGAGCACCGCAACAUAAACGUUUCGUCGGCAACGAAUUUGGAACUUUGCGUCGGAAACCCGAUCCAGGUGUGUCGAUACAUUAACGCCUACGUCAAUAAGGGGUUAGACGUAGCGAACAUCCAAUGCGUUGAGAUGCAAGUGAAUACGACCACCGGUACGAUCGAUUGGAACGAGGCGGCGGCAUUCCUUAAAAUGAGAUAUAUCGGACCGCACGAGGCGGUCUAUCGCAUCUUGGGAAAUGGCAUGUUCCAUAUCAGUCACACGAUCGAAAAGUUGCCCGUGCAUUUGGAAGGAGAGGCUUGUGAAAUUUACAGGGAAGGGGACGAGGUGGCCGUAGUCGAAAGGGGCGAGCGUUCUAAGCUCGUCGCUUGGUUCGAAUUGAACGCGGCGGAGGAGGCGACGGGUCGGCGACGGUUCUACGUCGACAUCGUCGAAACGCACUCUUGGCGGCAAGGUCGUUGGGUCGCCAAGUCGCGACCCACCAGUUCUCUAGGUCGUAUGAGUCCGGUUUAUCCGAGUCCGGGGAAUAUGGAGCGCUACUAUCUACGAAUGAUUUUGGGCAACGUGACAGGUUUGAUUUCGUUCGUGGACGCGAAAACCGUAAACGGCGUUUUAUGUCCUUCGUAUCAGGCCGCUUGCGUAGCGUUAAAAUUGAUCCCGGACGACGACGAAGAGGCGGACAAGAUUUUAGAUUGGAUAGCGGAUCGUCUUCGUCAUCCGUUUUAUUUAAGGGAAGCGUUCGCUCUAAUUCUCUUGUACAAUCCGUCGAAGAAUCCCCGAACUUUAUUUAAGAGAUGGUGCAGGCGUAUGUCCGCGGACGUGCUUAGGAUUCAUAUCGAUUUAAUAAGAGAUAUCGACGAAGAGGGCGCGGGCGACUUAAACGAAAGGAUGCACGUGCUCCGUACGUGUCGGUAUACGGUCCUUUGGAGUUUCGUAGAUCGAUUUCUGGUCGAAUGCUCCACUUCGAUGGAAAAAAUUAAUCUUCCUCGGGAUUGGAUUUCCGAUUGGGUUUACGACGAGGAGGCGGAACAACUUUUGGACGAGGAAGAGGUUACGUUCGAGGAAUUCGCUUUCGUUCCGAGACCGAAUCAAAAUUUGCAUCUGAUCGAUCUCAACGAUCAACAGCUGGGAUUCGUUUACGAGGUUUUACAGUCUGUAUGCAAUCGUAACGGUAUCGUUUUCGUUUUGACCGGCGAAGGGGGCACCGGCAAAACCGCGACCGUCAACGUUAUUUUGGAAGUGGCGGAACUUCGCGCGUUACCGUACGUAUCCGCGGCUUUUACGGGGAUCGCGGCCACGUUAAUCCGGAACGCGGCUACGAUUCAUUCUUCUUUCGGCAUUCCUAGAGAAAGAGGCGUAGACGAUACGCCGGUUUCUAAUUUGGUGGGCGAGUCGGAGGCGGCCGACGAUAUUCGAAACGCGAGACUCGUCGUGUUAGACGAGGUGUUUAUGUUGGCGUCGUGGAUGUUGGAAAUGAUCGAUGCCGUGUGUCGGGAAUACGGUCAAUCGCGACGGUCGUUCGGUGGGAAAACCGUUAUUCUUAGCGGCGAUCCCAAGCAGUUGCUUCCCGUUGUCAAGGGUAGGCGAGCGGGAAUGGCGUCUAUCGUUUCGCAUCCGGCAUGGAGUACUUUUCAACUGUGCACGUUAACGGAAAACAUGCGUGUUCAUCCGCAAGAGGUGGAAUGGUCGAAUUUCAUCAGGAGAGUAGGCGACGGGGAAAGAAUCGUUUCGGACAACGGACGCGAACCGAUUUCCGAUAACUGUCUGUUCGUUCCUUCCAAAUUAAUUGUCAAAUCGCGCGAACAACUCGUCGACUUUGUUUACGGGGACGUCUUCGAAUCGAUGCUCUCUCUUCCCGGGACGAACGAGCAAUUCUUGGAAUUAGCCGAGCGAUUGGCCCUCCGGUCGAUCCUUUGUCCCGUGAACAGCGAGGUCGAGGAGUUGAACGAAAUCAUCUCAAAGAUCUUCCCCGAUCCGUCAGGAUCGGAGAGGGUCUUUUUGGCGACCAAUUCCUACGAUAGACAGAGUAACGAGGAUGGGGCCGACGAUCACGAAAUCGCCAAUCCCCUCGCGACGGGAGUCACCAGUGAAAUUAUCGAAAGUUUAGAUUUGUCGGGACUACCGCCAUAUCGGUUGACUUUGAAGAUCGGUUCGGUGGUAGUCCUUUUGGUAAAUCUUAACGUGUGGAGGGGUUUUUGUAACGUACAGAGAAUGAUCGUUUUGGAGAUGGGCGAUGACGUGAUAGUCGGCCGCAUCGUUUCCGGUCAAUUUCAGGGCCGUAAAUGUGUCAUUAUCAGAAAACAAUUCGUUUUAGCGGAAAAAGAAACGCCAUUGCUACCGGGCGGCGGCACAUUUUAUAGAAAACAAUUUCCGAUUAAGUUGGCGCACGCAAUUACUAUCAACAAAGCGCAAGGACAGACUCUUUCGCGAGUCGGUUUGUGUCUCAACGUCCCGUGUUUUGCUCACGGUCAAUUGUACGUCGCUUUGUCCAGAGUGCGUACUUGGCAGGAUAUUCGCAUUUUUGUAAAGGAAAGUCGUAGACAGGGUCGUUUCUUUAAAGACGGUCGCAAAAAUAAUCCAGUUUUCACGCAGAAUAUCGUUUAUAGGGCGUUUUUAGAUAAAAUCUUCAAUUGA